AUGUCUUCUUCAUCAGAGUGCAUCACUUGGUUUGCUGUAUUCCUUACCGCGUCUGUUGCUAUAGUGAUGGUGAACUUCCUAUCAAUCAUUCUUUUUAUGAAGAACAGUAAUCUUCGCACUCGUGCCAUGUAUUUGGUUAUAAACUUGACCGUUGCUGACAUGUUCGUUGGAGUAAUAUCAUUUUUCUUUGUAUUAAUUGAGCUACAUGAACGCCUUAAAUGUGACAUUGUGAGUAUGUUCUUAACCCUGAAAAAGAGAAUGAUAAUAACCUCUCUUUUCGAUUGGCUUCCUCUCACAUCUCUAACAAGCAUUGCAGUAAUUUCUUUAGAUCGGUUGCAUGCGACUUUCCGUCCAUUCAGGCAUCGUUUCAUAACAGAAAAUGUCUACUGGGUAACAAUUUCCGCAACCUGGGUUUUACCUGCCAUGGUAUCAGUUACACUUUCGUUAUUUUUAGCAUUUUGGAAUGAAUUGCAGAGGUAUUAUUUUCCCGUGUGGGAGUCAUACAGCUGUUUGUGUCUAUUUGUUAUCUGUGUUUCUUACUCCUCCAUUGUUUUUCAUUUUCUUCGUAGGACGAAGCCUCAGCAACACGGUCCAUCCAAUAGACAAAGAAAACUCACUAUAACUUUAUUCAUCAUGACUAUUGUAUCGUUACUGAUGUGGCUACCAUACGUUAUAGCUGCUUUAUCGCACUUAAAAUCUAUGCGUUUGCGAAAUUCUUUAGGGGCUCUAUUCUGUGCAAACUCGUUUGUCAAUGUCAUCGUUUACACAAUCAGAAUGCCAGAGUUUAAAAAAGCUAUCCUGGAAUUAUUCAAAUGUCGGCAAAGACAAAAUGCUGCUGUUAUUCCUCUUGAGGCCCGUUAAUGUACCUUAUGUAAUAUUUCUAUUGUACGUUUACCGUGAUUUGAAGUCCGCUAAGAAGUAUACAUUGAUUUCGUUUUUUCGGAAAAAUAGUGGAUCAAUGCUUACUUCUAUAGAGAGGAGAAGUCGUUGCGUCACGUUGCCAUGAUAGCAAAAUUUUUGGAUGACAACAAACCGAAAAUUCACUUAAAAGUAAAUUUAGUUUAGCACUGUUUCAAACUUCACCGAUUUUAUUCAUUUCAUUUACUUUGUCAAAUGUUGGCGAAAUUUUCUAAGGUUUAAUCCGAAGGGGCCGUACCUGAGUUUAGAAAAAGUAAAGGAAACUUCUUGGGUUGUG